GAGUGUGUGUGUGUGUGUGUGUGUGUGAGUGUGUGUGUAUGAACAGCAUGGCCAACAUCGCGGUCCAGCGGAUCAAACGGGAAUUUAAAGAGGUCCUUAAAAGCGAAGAGACGAGUAAAAACCAAAUCAAGGUGGAUUUAGUGGAUGAGAAUUUCACAGAACUAAAGGGCGAGAUUGCCGGACCGCCAGAUACGCCUUAUGAAGGUGGCAGAUAUCAGCUAGAAAUUAAAAUUCCAGAGACAUAUCCAUUUAAUCCUCCAAAGGUUCGGUUUAUAACGAAGAUCUGGCAUCCCAACAUCAGCUCAGUAACAGGUGCCAUUUGUUUGGACAUCCUGAAGGACCAGUGGGCAGCGGCGAUGACUCUGCGAACAGUCUUACUGUCACUACAGGCUCUUCUGGCCGCCGCUGAACCAGAUGAUCCGCAGGACGCAGUAGUUGCCAAUCAGUAUAAACAGAACCCAGAUAUGUUCAAACAGACGGCUCGACUCUGGUCACAUGUGUAUGCAGGAGCUCCCGUCUCCAGCCCAGACUACACACGCAAAAUAGACAAACUCUGCGCUAUGGGCUUUGAUAAAAACGCAGUAAUAGCAGCGUUGUCGUCGAAAUCCUGGGACGUGGAGUCAGCGACAGAACUGUUGCUUAGUAAUUGAGUCCAACCUGAGGGGCCAAAGCUCCUUAUCUGACACAAUCCCACCCCCAAAUCUCCUCCUCCUCCUCCUCAGUCCACACUACCUUCAUCUCUAUGAAUCUCUUUUUCUUUAUCCAUCUUUUACCAUUACUCUGUUCGGAACAGUUCAUCCCAAACUGAAAAUGCUGUUAUCUUUAUGUUGUUCUAAACUUGUCUUCUGCAGGAGACAUUCAGCUGAAUGUUCACGCUGCUCUGUAUCUGUACACAGAACGUGGCUGGUGAUUGGGCAGUAUGGAAGCUUGUUUCCGCCAUGAAAUAAAAAAAAUUAAUUCGGACUUUGUUUUUCACAGUUAUGUAAACAAAAGUCAGAACUGUGAGAUGUAAACCUUGAAUUUGUCCCUUGCAAUUCUGAGUUUAUAUCUCGCAAUUCUAAUUUUUUUCCUCUAAAUUGAGUUCAUACCGUUCCAUUUUGAGUUUAUAUCGCGUAAU